UGUCUUUCCUCAGCGUAUCUAAUCGGCGGCAGCUGGAGAUCAAGUGGUUCGACAGCAGAUGGAUGCCCAGUGAGAAAGGCGAUCCGCUCCGGUUAGGAGAGGUAAAAGUGGUGAACGAUGGCGCUGUGCCCUGAAGGUUGUACUUCUGGCUCAGGAGGGGAGUCCUCUGGAAGCGAGGCAGGUUCCAGCUGUCUUCAGUUUGGGGUUCGUUCCUAUCUGCACCACUUCUAUGAGGAGUGCUCGUCCUCCAUGUGGGAGAGGGACCCUGAGAACCGGGGGGUCCGGACCCAGAAAUCAGCCCUUUGGUGGAACUCGGUUGUCUGGAAGCUGUCCUUGGCUCUGGGUCUUCUGAUGCUGACUGCAGGCAUUGUGUCUCUCUCCAUCGCUUACUCCACCCCCCAUAAAAUUGAGUCCUUCGGAGAGGGAGACCUGUACUUUGUGGACCCCCAGGCCAUCAGCUACAACAGGGGUCUGCACCUCAGCACAGCGUCUGGGAUCGGGCUGUCCUGCCUCGGCUCCGCUCUGGCAGUGAUGGGGGUUGUUGUCUGGGUCCUGCCUAAGGCCAACUUAAAAGAACGGCUGUUCCACAGAUCGAGGGAAGUGGAUCAGAGAGGAGAGCGGGGCUUGAAGUGGAAGGGAUUCAAAGAUGGAGCAGAUGUGAUCACAAAGCCGCCGGAUACGGAGGAGGGGAAGAUACCUUUUUCUCUGGCUACAGUGAAAAACGUGCAACCUCCUUCCUAAAAAGAGUCACUGUUGAGCUACAGGUGGUACAAGCACUCAUUCUGGUUUUGGAACAUUGUUUACACGUUCUGCUCGUUGGAUUUUGUUUUGUGACCUAAAAGAUCAGAAAAAAAAAUCUCCUUUCACUUUGACUUCAGACAUAAUAUACAUUUACAUUUCAAGGCUGACAAAAUAUCAGUGUCCCAUCAAUAUGGUUAUGAUAUAUUCAAAAUUACCAUGUUUUAGAAUUAAAUCAUUCUCGCUCAUUUAGAUGUGUUUUUUUAUUUUGUGCGUUUUUUAGUUUGUAAAUUUUUAAGACUGAAAAAUGUGUUUCUUAAGAUUCUCCUUAAGAAAAUCUUUUGGGUUCCAAGGUGAUUAAAAAAGGGAUUAAUUUAAGAGCCCUAGAGAGCAAAUAGAGCCAUGUUAAGAGUUUUGAUCAUUAGAAAUAAUUCAGUUUCUAAAUGUUUUACACAAACACCUUUUAAUUUUUAUGUAAAACAGUCUUGAAGUGUUGAAUAAAGACACAAUAAAGCUGUUAACUCUGGGAUUCAGAGGUCUCCAUGUAAUAUCUAAAAUCUCCAACUUGGAGACUUAUUUAAAAAUAACCUGUAGGCAUUAACUUAAAAGUCACGUGUUGCAACCUUAGUCUGCCGAUAAUUCAAAGGCUGAAUAAUGAAUCAUCCUAAAAAAAAAAAUCAAAUUUAAAGCUCUAUAAACGUACACUUAUUCAGGAAAGUGGUUUAAUUUCUGGUCCAAGUCUGACCAGCAUUGUUGCAAUGAAGCCCACUUUCCUUUCACCAUACAACUGUGUGAUCAGAAUAGCUUUUGUAGCAUCUCACAAGCCUCCAAAGGGCAUAUUCAGGUGUUUUUAAUUGUCCUUUUCCAUCCAAAUGAUCAUAAUCACCAUGAAAAUGAAUAAAACAAACAUAAGCAUA